GGGGAGAUCGCUUUUCUGGAAGCUUUAACUAGAUCAGAAUCUAAGAGAGAUGGAGGUUUUAAAAAUAAUUGGAGCUUUGAUCAUGGAGAAGAAAGUGAAGGAGAUACAGAUAAAGAAAAAUGUUUGCUGAUCCCUGAAUUAUUAGGUGAACAAAGAAGAUAAAACUGAAUUUAAUGUAUGGGUCAUAAUUACCAUUUAAGGUUUCUUCCUCCCUUAUUUUAUAUGCAGUGAGGCAAAUCUACUCAGUAUAGAUGAAGAUGAGGAUUCUGAUACCUCAGAAGGAAAAAAGUUAAUUCGUCAAUCUGAAAUUGUUGCUACUGGUUCUGGUGAUUCUUGGAAGAUAUAUGCAAGACGAAACAAGUCUGAUAAUUUUAAACCUUUAAAGGGCAACCCAAUUGGACUUAACAUGUUGAGCAACAAAAAGAAGUUGAGUGAAAAUACACAGAAUUCAUCAUUACGUUCUGGAACUGUUAUUGAUGGUAGAUGUUUUCAUCAUGCUAAUGCACAGAUACCAGUUGUAAAAACAGCAGCUCAAAGCAAUCUGGACCAAAAGGAAAGGAAAGAAUAUCCACCUCAUGUCCAAAAAUUUGAAAAUAAUCCUGUAAGGUUAAGUUGGCCCCAAGGUGUUGAUCCUAUAAUGAAGAAAACAGAAGAAUCUGAAUCGUACUUGGAGUCUGAAAUCAAAAGGAAAGUAUCACAGAAACGUCACAAUUCAUAUCUAUCUGCUACUCCUGUGUCCCCUGCCUCAAAAAAAUCUUCAACUGAUUUAGAGGAUUUGCCCAGAAGUUGCAGACCAGCUACAGCUUUGAAUGAAUCAACUAGUUCGUUAUUGAGAACAUCAAAUCAUCAGAAUUCUGGAGGACAGAAGUCACAAAGCACAGCAUUAACACCCAACAAGUUUUAUGGCAACACUGUGGGAAAGGUUCCAAUUGAUAUUAUUGUAAAUUGUGAUAGACAGAAUUAUUUACAGGCUAAUGGGAAAGUCAUUUUAUCUAGGGCUAAAGGCGUCAAGACCACAAAUCUAAAAGAAAGGAAAAUAAGCUUGUCAGACCUGAAUGAUCCAAUCAUUUUGUCCAGUGAUGAUGAUGAUGACAAUGACAGGACUAACAGAAGAGAGAGCAUAUCUCCUCAACCUGCUGACUCAGCAUGUUCUUCCCCAGCACCAUCCACUGGAAAUGUAGAAGCAGCACUAAGUGAAAAUACCAGUAGAGUAGAGCAUGAACUAAGAAGCAUUCCAGCAGAUUCAGAAUUAAAUACAGUUCCAUUGCCAAGAAAAGCAAGAAUGAAAGAUCAGUUUGGUAAUUCUAUUAUCAACACACCUCUGAAGCGUCGCAAGGUGAUUGCUCAAGAAACUUUAGUUGAUCCUGUAUCUUUAAACUGCCCAACUUCCUAUGGCAGUGUCAUUUUAAACUGUCGAAGUAUACGAGUAGGGACACUCUUUCGGCUAUUAGUAGAACCUGUAAUUUUUUGUUUAGAUAUUAUCAAGAUACCAAUUGAAGAAGCAGAAGCUGAUCCAGUAGGCUUUUCUUUAAAUACCUCUGAUCUAACUAAAUGUGAAUGGUGUAAUGUUCGUAAAUUACCAGUAGUAUUUCUUCAGACGACACCACCAGUUUAUGAGAAACUGAGCAUGCUGAUGCAAAUGAGUAUGAAUGAAAAUCUUUGGACUCACUGUAAAAGAAUGCAUAAGUUAACAAAUUUGGAAGAACAGUAUAUAAUUUUAAUUUUUCAAAAUGCCCUUGAUGCUCAAGCAAGUAUGGUAUUUGAAAGUAUCGUUACUGAAAUUGCUCUAAAGAACAAUGUAUCCAAUUUUUUUGCAAAAAUUCCCUUUGAAGAAGCUAAUAGUAGACUUGUUGCCUGUACAAGAACCUAUGAAGAGAGGAUCAAAGGAAGUUGUGUUCAAAAAGAAAACAAAAUUAAAAAUGUGCCCAUGGAAUCUAGAGUACAGCUUAGAAGCAAACAAUUUCAGUUUUUUGAUGAUGAUGAUGAUGAAACUGGAGAGAGUCACACCAUCUUUAUGGGUCCUGUAGAAAAGUUGAUAGUAUAUCCACCACCUCCAGCUAAGGGAGGCAUCUCCGUUACUAAUGAGGACCUGCACUGUCUAAGUGAAGGAGAAUUUUUAAAUGAUGUUAUUAUAGACUUUUAUUUGAAAUAUUUGGUGUUGGAAAAACUGAAGAGAGAAGAUGCUGACCGAAUUCAUAUAUUCAGUUCUUUUUUCUACAAACGCCUUAAUCAGAGAGAGAGGAGAAAUCCCAAUGAAACAACUCAUCUAUCAAUACAGCAAAGGCGGCAUGCGCGAGUAAAAACAUGGACCCGACAUGUAGAUAUUUUUGAGAAGGAUUUUAUUUUUGUACCCCUUAAUGAAGCUGCACAUUGGUUUUUGGCUGUUGUUUGUUUCCCUGGUUUGGACAAACCAAAGUUUGAACCUAAUCCUCAUUACCAUGAAAAUACAGCCAUGCAAACGUGUUCAACUGUAGAGGACAAUUGUAUUCCUACUCCUUCAACCAGUGAAAUGGACAGUAGUUCACAAAACUCUUCUGCCAAGCCUAUAUUUAAGAAGAUGCUAAACAAAAAGCAUUGCACAGCUGUAAAUGAUUCAAGUGCUGAACAGGAAGAAAGUGACCCUCAUUAUCGGAGAAACAUAGGCAGUCUGCAAAACAUAAAUCAUACUGCAAGUGAAAAUGAAGAAUCAAAUAAUGGAGAAUCUGCACGCCAGUCAAUUGUUGAUAGGAUUAAUAGUGAGAAUGGCCUACAGAAUGAAUAUUUAAGUUCUGUGCACCAUACAGAUGGUUUAAGCAAAAUCAGACUGAACUAUAGUGAUGAAUCAGCUGAAGCUGGUAGACUGCUUGAAGAUGAACUCAUUGACUUUUCAGAAGAUCAGGAUAACCAGGAUGACAGUAGUGAUGAUGGAUUCCUCACCGAUGACAAUUGCAAUUCAGAAAUAGGACAGUGGCAUUUAAAGCCUACUAUCUGUAAACAACCUUGUAUCCUACUGAUGGACUCACUCAGAGGCCCUUCUCGAUCAAAUGUUGUAAAAAUUCUAAGAGAGUAUUUGGAAGUGGAAUGGGAAGUUAAAAAAGGAACCAAAAGAAGUUUUUCCAAAGAUGUCAUGAAAGGCUCUAAUCCAAAAGUACCCCAACAAAAUAACUUCAGUGAUUGUGGUGUAUACGUGUUGCAGUAUGUAGAGAGCUUUUUUGAGAAUCCACUUAUCAAUUUUGAACUACCUAUGAAUUUGGCAAACUGGUUCUCUCCCCCAAGAAUGAGAACAAAAAGAGAGGAAAUUAAAAACAUAAUUCUAAAGCUGCAGGAAAACCAGAGUAAAGAGAAAAAGAAGUAUCAGGACCCGUACUCAACAGACACAUCUUUGGAUGAAGGGACAGAACAAAGUAUCGACAGUAUCUCAGAUUGACCAUUUCUGAUUCUUAUCAGUGUUGUCCUGAGAAACAGUGACUUUUCAUCUUUGGGUACAGACAGUAAAGAACUGAAGUGCUCACUACUCAGAGUGGUUUGAAAAUGUUCAUGCUUGUAUAAAUGUUAUAUAAUUAAUUUCCAAUGGAGUAUGUAUUAAGUUAGUCUGUAAAUAUGUUAAUGAGGCCAAUUUUUCCAGCAUUUAUAAUUAUUUUUUUCACUUGUUAGGAAGCAUUUGUUAUGUAUUUUCUGUUAAUAGUAUUGAAAACUGCAACUUCGAAACACAAAAUAAAUAUUUAUAGGAGGACAUGAUUAAUUUGAUAUUCUUUAGUGAAUUUGUAUUAAAUUCCUCAGUGUGUGAUAUAUUUCAUGGGAAUAUUCAAGUAUCUGAUAAUUUUUGACCUUUUUGCAUUUGUUCUAAAAUAACUUGAAAUGUAAAAGUAAGAUGAACUCUAAGGCAUUUUGAACAAGAAAGACAUCUUUAUGUGCUUGUAUAGUAAGGGGAAAAAACAAUAGCUUUUUAAAUUCAUAUAUUCCCUUGUGUCCAGAAAACUCCAAAAUGGAAUAAAUAUUUAUAAUUUUACGUAAAUAUUUAAGGAGAAGCGGUAAUUCAAAGAAUAAUCUUGAAUUAUACUAAAUAACUGUACUUUAUCAUAUAUUAUUGCCAACUACAUUUCUGAAGAUGUCUAAGGCUCAGGUUAAAACUAUUUUGAUAAGUACAGCUUGAAUUUCAAAUAUCCCAUAUCUUUCUAUAUUAUAACUUAAAAUAUUCUACAAUCUGAGUGAUAUAGUUAAUUGAUAAACAUUUUUAAAUCUGUGAACACAGCAAUUUAAAUAGGAAUUAACUAUUUUUUGUAAUGGCUUUUGCUGGGUUUUUUUUUUUCAUUGCUCAUUUUGUUCUUGUUAUUUUGAUAAAGUAUCAGACUUUGCACAUGCGUUUUUUAGUGUAAAUUAUUUUUACAUGUGAAAGUAAUAUCUUUUGAUCAAUUGCUUAAUGCAGGGGGAAAAAUCCCCUGUCUUGAAUUCUUUUAAAUUCUUAAAAUUGAUGGUUUUGAUGACAGAUUGACAACUCAUAUAGGAAUUUUGCAUAUUAUCUGCUGAAACUAUUAUUUUCGAAUGAAGCAUUGUACGUUUCUUUUGAAUUAACUUUGAGACUCAAAAUAUAUAUACAUUUUAAAAGUCAUUUUUGUUAAAAAUGAAUUUCAAAAUGCACAUAUGUAUAUCAAAAAUAGUUGAGAAUAUAAAGGUCUUUUUGUCAGCAUUUAUUUUAUCUUUAGUCUGGCCAUUUCUGGUAUUUUGACCAACAUUUUAGGAUAUUUUCUUGAAUUCAAUAAAGUCUGUGGGUGUGUUUGGGGUAGAUGGAGGUGUUAACAACAACUGAAAAAAAUCUAUUGAGACCCACUCAUAAAGGGAAACCUUAAAAUGUAGGUUUAGAGAAGAUCAUCAGUGCUUUUAGUUAUAGCUUUGUUACUUUGACCUAUCACAACAUUUUUAAAUUUCUGAUUACAUUUUUUGUGGGGGUAUUUGUUUGUUUGUUUGUUUGUUUUUAGAAAUGCCCUAGAGCUAUUAGCCCAAAUAUGAAAAAUGAGUUUAAUAUUAUUUACUGAAUAUGUAAUACAAAAAGAAAUGGAAAGUGUUUAAUGCCUGAUAGCAGUAAACAAAAUUCAUAUUUUUUUUAAUACACUGUAUUUUAUCAGAAUUUGAAGUUACUGAAAAAUCUAUCCUAAAAUGCUCAUUUGUUUUAAUUUCUGAUGGUUACAUUUUGCAUUCUUAAUCUUGUUAAAAGUAUAACUUGUCCUUUGUGCCAUCACAAGUCAAUCACAUUUUGACAUGAAACAUAUAGAUUGAUGCCUGUCAGCUUUCUCUAGAGGUAGAGUAUUCAAAUACUUGAUAUUUCUCCCAAUCCAUGUAAAAUUCUAUUUUUAAAAGUUAUGCUAAUGACUUUUGUUUUACAUGUACUAGUAUAUAUUGAAAUCUUUGGAGACUUCAAGGGUGAGCUCCAAAACUUGAGAAUCUUUGGUGUAUAUGCACAUUUACUUGGUGAUUUUGUACUGUGGUACUUCUUUCUAUAUGUAGUUUAAAGUGGCUAUUAGCCUUUAAAAUGUGUCAUUAGUAUUUGGAAGUUGUGAAACAGAAUUUUAAAGUUUAGAGGUUUGUUACUAGACACUGAAACUGCAUGACAAAGUAUCUGGUGUCUUAACUAAUUAGAUCUGUUGUAUUUGUUUUCUUGUUGGAUAGAAUAACAGUUAAUCAUUUUUAGAAGAGUUUUAGAUUACUUGCCAUAAAAUUUGUAUGUGUCUCAGCUUGUGGUAGUUUAGAAGCAAAGUUGGCAUUUAACUAGUUCGUUUUCUUUGGUGUUAUUGCUAAGACAGCUGAAAACUUAGUGAUAUUGUCUCAAGUUCACAUAAACUUAAAUCCGUUAAGCAGAGUAACUUGUGCUUAAACUACUAAUCCAUUAUAUGUAGGCAGUUUUAUUUGAAAAGGUAAAGUAAUUAUCUAAAUUAUAUCUUGUUUUAAGUCACCAAAAUGAAUCCAGUAUUCUUUUCUUUGAAAAACAAAGCAAACAAAACACUAAGAUUUGUGAAGAUUGUAAGAUAUAACAUAAAAUAAAUAGCUUUAAUUUCCAAGACAUUGCAAAUUGUACUUAAAGUCACAGACAGUUCACUGAACAGGAGUAAUAACAUAUAUAUAUAUAAAUUUUUUUAAUUCCCAUUCGAGAACAUGCUUAGAAAGAGAAAAAAUAAUGUGAGAGAGUUAACGUCUUUUGGUUUGCCUUGCCUUUCCUACACUCCUCAAUGGGAUCAAGCUCGAAGCACAGAUAUGUGCCCUGACCAGGAAUUGAACUGGUAACCUUUCAUGCAUAGAUUGAUGACACUCAACCAACUGAGCCACUCUAGCCAGGCAAGGAUAUAUUUCAAUAUAUACAUAUAUAUGAUCAAGAGUUGGAGUGAAGCUACUGGAAUAUGAUAGAAUAACUUAGAAGAAACAGAACCCUUAAAAGAUAAGGUAAUGUGCUGUAUAUUUAGAAGUAUAGAUAAUUUGAGAACAAAAAGAGGAGAUUAUUGUGGAGGCAUGCUGCAGACUAGCGAAGUGAAUGUAACUAUAGUUUACCAGUAAGAACACACAGGUAAUAAUGGACUGUUUUGGGAAGUGUAAUCUAAAUGCACUGAAAUACUCCAGUAGGACUUUGUUUUUCUAAUUGUAGGGAGG